GGGGCCACUACCCGGUACAGCUCAUUAAUAUUUGUAUUCAAUACAAAUAAUAAAUUUGUGAAUUUACUUCGUGUGAUAAAAGGUGUUAAAUAUCUGACAAAAUGACCGCCGACGCACACGCGAAAACCAGAAUCACCAGCCGUGUGGCCCGCCUCAAGAAGAGUGCUUCUGAACGGUACAAGAUUGAUGAGAAGGAGGUCCACAUUGGCCACAUCGCUCUGGAGUCCAUGUUGCAGGACCCAGACAUGAUCUGCCAGAUCGACUUUACCACGGCAAAAGAGGAAACCAAUAGAUCAGUGGCUAAGCGCACAAGCCGUCUCGCAAGUGCCAUGGUUAAUGCUGGUUUGAAGCCUGGAGACCCCGCCAUUGUCAUGGGCCACAACCACCUGGACCUCUGCAUCCCAUACUUCGCCUGCCACUUUGGUGGAUACCCCAUGUGCGCUAUCGAUCCCAGUGUUGGCAAAAAUGAUCUGGUCAGAUUAUUCCCAUACAUCUUCCCCAAAAUAGUCUUCUGCCAGAAAUCUUGCGAAGAAAAGGUCCGUGAAGCGUUCAAGGCUAACAACCUCGAGGGCUUUAUCGUCAUAUUUGAUGACAAAAAAUCUGAUCUUGAGGCCUUUAUUGAGAAGCACAAUGGCACCGACGUUGACUACAGGCCAGCCACUUUCGACCAUUCCAAAAUUACUGCCUGGUUGAUGUUGACCAGUGGUACCACAGGCUUACCGAAGGUCGCCAUUAUCCCAUUUGAUACACUGCUCCAUGGAAUUAUCAGCUGGUGGGAACCCUUCCCAGACAAAGUGGAAAGCAUUUUGGCUAUGGCAACAUUGCAAUGGGUAUCAUCCCUAAUCUACUUCAUUUCCGGCCCACUGAAGGGCUCCACCAGGGUUCAGGCAUCCGAACCACUAAACCCAAUGACACUCGUCCAAAUUAUCAACAAACACAGGCCCGUCACGACAGCGUUUACCCCAUAUUUAUUGGGCCACUUUCUGAAUUUCGGCGAAAAAACUUGUGACUUAUCGUGUUUCAAAUACAUUGUUAUUGGAGGCAGUGCUAUCGAGAAACCAUUAUUGGACAGAUUUAAAAAAGUGUGCGGUGCCUUCAUGUAUCUUGUAUAUGGAAUGACAGAAUUGUUGGUACCUGUCUUCGAUUACAACGACAACACUCCAUUCGGAUCGACCGGCAAGCCUCAGUCACAGUAUCAGUUCAGGCUCAUGGGCGAUGAUGGAAAACCUUUGGAAGGAACAUACAAGACAGGUGAACUGUGGCUUAAGGGAGAUGCUUUCUUCAAGGGUUAUCUAAACAAUGCUGAGGAGACGAAGACCAUGUUGACUGACGACGGUUGGUUCAAAACCGGAGACAUGUUCUACAAGGACGAGCAAGAUUAUUACUACUUUGUGGAGCGCAAGAGACUUUUAAUUAAGCACUACGGUUUUCUGCUUUCGCCAUUACAAAUGGAGGAGAUUAUCAGACGUCACCCAUCCGUAGUAGAUGUCUGUGCGGUCAGUCUACCACAACUCGAUUGCACCGAACUGCCUGUUUUUGCCCUGCAGAGAAGAAAUGGUGAUAAAGUUGACACACAAGAGAUCGCCGACUUAUUGAGAAAGAACAUGGAAGGGAAGCGACUGAACGGCGGGUUUUUCUUCGUAGAUUCAUUACCCGUCACGCCCUCCGGCAAAGUACAUCGAGUAAAAGUGAAGGAGAUGGCGCAGGCAGCGCAAAAAAUCCUAUUCUAGUGAACUAGAUAGAGUAUCAACUAUCAUUAUUCGAUUUCAUCAGUAAUACUGGUCACCGGCCAAUACGAAUCUUUGUGUUAUUAGAUCGAGAUAAAAAUAUAAAAUUCUCAUUUUAGACAAUAAUUCAC